AUCUCCCCCCGACCGCCCGUGGCCAUGCUGGCCGCGCGUCUCCUCGCGAGCUCGUCGCUCUUCCUCGCGGUGGCGUGCGGCUCCACCAUCCCGCGCGGCGAGCGCGCGCCGGCCGAGAACGCGCUCGGAGAGCCCGCCUCGCAGCAGCCGCACAUCGUCUUCGUUCUGGCCGAUGACCAGGGCUUCCGGGACGUGGGCUACCACGGCUCCGAGAUCCACACCCCGACCCUGGACCGGCUCGCGGCCGACGGAGUGAAGCUGGAGAACUACUACGUGCAGCCCAUGUGCAGCCCGUCGCGGAGCCAACUGAUGACCGGACGGUACCAGAUCCACACCGGCCUCCAGCACUCCAUCAUCCAGCCCACUCAGCCCAACUGCCUGCCCCCGGAGAGCGUGACGCUGCCGCAGAAGCUGCGGAACGCCGGCUACGCCACGCACAUGGUGGGCAAGUGGCACCUGGGCUUCUACAAGCGCAGCUGCAUGCCCACGCGGCGCGGGUUCGACACCUUCUUCGGCUCCCUGCUGGGGAGCGGCGACUACUACAGCCACUACAAGUGCGACAGCCGCGGCGCGUGCGGCUACGACCUCCACGACGGCGAGGCGGCCGCCUGGGAGCAGGACCGCGGCCUCUACUCCACACACAUGUACACGCAGAAGGCCGUGGAGAUCCUGGCGGCGCACGACCCCCGGCGGCCCCUCUUCCUCUACCUGGCCUACCAGGCGGUGCACUCGCCGCUGCAGGUGCCGCGCCGCUACCUGGAGCGCUACGGCUCCAUCCCCAAUCCGCACCGGCGCCAGUACGCCGCCAUGGUGUCCUGCCUGGACGAGGCCGUGCACAACGUGACGCUGGCGCUCAAGCGCUACGGUUACUAUGACAACAGCGUGCUCGUCUACUCGUCGGACAACGGCGGGCAGCCGGCAGCCGGCGGCAGCAACUGGCCGCUGCGGGGCGCGAAGGGCACGUACUGGGAGGGCGGCGUGCGCGCCGUGGGUUUCGUGCACAGCCCCCUGCUGCUGAAGAAGGGCACGCGGUGCCGGGGGCUCGUGCACAUCACCGACUGGUACCCGACGCUGGUGGCGCUGGCGGGCGGCGUGCUCGAGGAGGACCUCGACCUGGACGGCUACGACGUGUGGGAGGCGGUGAGCGAGGGCCGGCCGUCCCCGCGCCGCCACAUCCUGCACAACAUCGACCCGGUCUACAUCAAGGCCAAGAGCGGCUCGCGGGAGGCGGGUCUCGGCGUGUGGGACACGGCGGUGCAGGCGGCGCUGCGCGUCGGGCCCUGGAAGCUCCUCACGGGGAUCCCCGGGUGCGGCGACUGGGUUCCGCCGCAGACCUUCGCCCCGCCGUUGCCGGUUCGCAACUGGCACGGGGAGCGCGUGCGCUGGGAGCGCGCCAAGUCCGUGUGGCUCUUCAACGUGGCGGCCGACCCGUACGAGCGCGAGGACCUGUCGCGCCGCUAUCCCCACGUGGUUCGGCGGCUACUGCUGCGCCUCGCCCGCUUCAACGGGACCGCGGUGCCCGUCCGCUACCCGGCCAAGGACUCGCGCUCCGACCCGCAGCUGCGCGGAGGCGUCUGGGGUCCCUGGUACGAGGAGGGGGAGGGCGAGCACCGCCGCAGCAACCUGCUGCCCGGCCGGCUGCUCCGGAAGCAGCCGACGAAGGAGGCCAAGAAGAAACACGAGCUCGAGCUGAGGAGUCGUUAGCGAUGCGACCGGGAGCGGUCCUGCUGACCGCCGGCGCUCUCCUUGGACCGCAAAGAUGGCUGGACAUGGGUUUGAUGCACUCACUCACACUCACACACUCACACACACUAUCACUUGUUAGUACUUUGUGUGGUAUUUUACCGCAUGCUCAUCUACGUCACACUGUUGACUACUUGGACUGAUGAGCCUAAGGUCUCACUUUUGUGGACGGUGCGUAAAAAAAACACCUUUGGAGACGACAGAGAGCAGAGGGAGGAGCGGCGCUGAAGGGCGUCUCCACUGAGCUCACAUGAGGGACAAGCAGCCUUUUUAUGAGAGCACAACGCACACAAUGCACACAACACACGGAGCAGCAUCCCUUCCUCACGGGCCGCGCCCACAAGUCCCUCUGUCGGUGGAAAAUGUUGUAAAGCUCGGGGGGCCCGGGGGGGGCUCAUAGUAGGGACACACACAGAUACACACAGACAGUCACAAAGACACACACACGGGAUGCUGACACUGUCGCUGGACCUCGGCUUAGUGGUCCGGAGAGUAAUGAUGGUAAAUCGCUGUAACGAAUGGGUAAAUGAGUGUAACGGACUGAACGCCGAGUGUGACUUUGGGGAGAAGUGUGAGAUAAGCGAAUUAAAGUGUAAACUCUCUCAGACUCACGAGUCCCCAGUACAGUGAGCAAACCUGUGACUCAAAGUGCACUUCCUGUGUGUCCUCACACCCCCCACC